AGUAUGGAUGCAGAUCGUGGCGCUUGUGCACUGUGCUUCGUUGUGUGAUUCAUUUUUCUUUGGGAGGGGAGAGUCAUAUGUACCCUUGUUUGGUGUAUUUGUUUGUGGGUGCUGUGCUUGAUGUCUCUCUGCUUUAAGUACGAACGAGAUUCUCUCUGUGGCAGUCUGGUCCAACGUCAUUUAUCGCUAUAUCUUGUUGAAACAACACUAUCCCUCGUGGAUCUCCUUUUCUGCUGAACUUGCAGUGAACAUAUAUCCUCUCCCUGCUACCACCAAGCUCAUGCCCUCCGGAGUCUCCAAGUCUCCAUACAAGAGUCCAAAUACAUCCUCAUCAUCCAGCAUGUCGGACCUCCUCUCCCCAUCCACGUCCAGCAGCGGCUCAACAAGAUCCACAAGCAGCACAAAGGUCGUAUGCCGUUCUGGGAUCGGCGGCAGAGGCAACUACCGCAAAGUCUGUGCCUCUGAAGUCCCACCCAUGCCAGCCUCAUUCACAUUACCGCCUCGACCACAGCGCAACUACUCGUCGGGCAUUGGCGGAGCUGGAAACCACCAUUCAUCAAACAACCGGUCUCUGCUCGACAUGGAGGACCAGAUCGAGCGCGACCGCGUUUUCAAGGGGCGUCCGAAGAAUCGACACUAUGGCAUCGGUGGAUUUGGCAACUUCGUCGAUAGCAGCCAUAGCGGAUCCGGCACUCGGACGCGGACGCCUUCAUCCUCGGCCUUCAGCAGCGAGCCUCUGCCAUAUGGAGCACUCGAUUCACUGAGUCGAAAGUUAUCGAGUACAUUUUUGAGACGCAAAGGAUCGACAACGUUUUCGAGCACCUCCUAGGGAAUUAUAUUCAGCUGUCUGCUACAUGUACAUUCUUUUCACUCGCAAUAAGUCUAUUUUAUGACGAGACAUUGGAGUGACCUUUCGUAUGAUCGGUUUUUACUUACUCGCCAAAUACUUUCCUCGUAAUAUGUGUUCGUGGGCAUCAUGCUGGCAUUUUGUUUUAAUACACAGUCUCUACAAACACCAUCAUGAGGAAAUUCCAUGGUAUAGCUACU